CAUCAAAAGUGUUAAAAGUGAGAAGGGUCGCUACUUGUUCACAUUGUUUUAUGAGGCUGACCAACAUAAUGGAGCACAGCAGAUUCCUGGUGCUCGGAUUCAUUUGCCUUCAGAUAGAACUGGGCUUCCAAGACAUCCAGGUUUUCCAGCCCAGGUUCCUAGAAGCCAACAGUGAUGGAGAGGCCACACUGGUGUGCAGUCAUGACCACACAGGCCAUGCAGUGGAGCUCCAGGUGACCAUUCGUAAAACGAACCAGGAAGAAGUUUGCAAUGGCACAUAUAACUCUACCACCAAACCGUUUCAGACCAGAGCGCGCUUUCACUGCUGGAUUCAGCCUGGAGAAGGCAACGUCUCAGUGACCAUCUAUGGCUUCAACUCUUCAGCCAUUGACUAUUAUUUCUGCAAACUGGAAAGAGUACACCCGCCCGUCUACCAAAGUGGCAUUGGAAAUGGGACUUUGAUCUACAUUGCAGGCAAGAAACAUCCAUCCUCUGCAGCUUUGGAUUUAAAAGAUCAAUUAUUCCAGGUCACUCUUCUUCUGGCUGUAUUUGCUUUCAUCCUCCUCAUAUACAGCAUUGCCAUAACAUUUGUGCAUUUCCACUCUAAGAGGGAAAAAGGAACCACUACUGAACUGGACCACAACUCUGUCUAUGAAAAGAUGGCCCCCACCGUGAAUGGAGACCAGAGCAGGAGAAAUACCAAAACACCUAACCUUGUCGGCUCCCAUCACAGACUCGCGUAAAAAUAAUUCUUCUUGUACCUGAUAAGGCACCUUACCAAAGUCUAAACCUCUCAAAGCGCAACACAAUGAUUUUCUGUAAAGUGUAUAUUGUUUAU